AAGGACCGGCAGCGCUUUGGGUGCGCGGCCCCGAGCUGGCGCGUUUCCGCCUCCAUUCUCUGUCACUGUCAGUACGAUCGGCGCUCGCGAGCUUGAGGGGUGUGUGUGUCGCCGCAGAUUCGGACGCCGCCGUGGUACGGGGGAGGCACCUGAAGUCGUCUGAAUUUGAAUAAGGUACGCUGCUGAAGCCCAAGCCACCUCAAAUGGACGACGAACGCAUCCGACUGCAGGCAGUGGGGCCCGCCAUGCCGGGAUACUUGGAGCUGCUCCACGGCUGCUAUUCGUCUCUGCUGCGCGCCUUUCACGAGUGCGAGGACUGCGGACUGGAGAAGAGCGCCAGGGUUCUGCAGGACAACGUGUAUGUCAAUCGACAUGAUGUGCUGCUGCUCGCUGCCGGCACCUUGGGCUGGACGCUGCUGCGACGUCUGCUCACUUCCCGCCUGUUUCAGCCACUUUCCCACUGGUGUGAUCUCCAGCCGAAAGAUGCUGCCAAAAUGCCAGAGAGCGCCUGGAAACUACUGUUCUACACCACAUCUUGGCUUUAUACUGUAUACCUGCUGUUCUUCACCAAAUACUCAUUUUUCCAGGAGCCAGCAUCAGCUUUCUAUGGGUGGAAAAGGGGUAUGGAAGUGCCUAUGGACAUAGCCAUUUUAUACUUAAUCCAAGGCAGCUUCUAUGCACAUUCGAUCUAUGCUACGUUGUACAUGGAUGCCUGGAGGAAGGACUCUCUGGUUAUGCUGUUACAUCACGUCAUCACACUAACACUGAUUGUCUUCUCCUAUGUGUUCAGAUACCACAACAUAGGAAUUCUGGUAAUUUUUCUACACGAUGUGAAUGACAUUCAGCUGGAGUUCACUAAACUGAAUGUCUACUUCAAGAACAGAGGUGGAACCUACCACGCCUUGAAUAACUUUGUGUCAAAUGUGGGAUGUGUGAGCUUCAGCAUCAGCUGGUUUUGGUUUCGUCUUUACUGGUUUCCUCUUAAGGUGCUGUACACCACCUGCAUCUCCAGCCUGCAGUCUGUUCCCAAUAUCCCUUUCUACUUCUUCUUCAACAUCCUGCUCUCUGCUCUCACUCUGAUGAAUCUCUAUUGGUUUCUGUACAUUGUGCUGUUUGUGAUCAAAGUCCUCACUGGACAGAUGAAGGAGGUCAAUGACUUGAGAGAAUACGAUGUUGAAUAUCAGGAAAGGAAGUCACUUCAUAAGAAGGGGGGAGACUCCUGGAAAGAAGGGAAACAUCUUAGGAAUGGCAUUGUUAAGCAGAAGCCCUUAUAAUGGAGUGAAGAAGAUUUAUGCUUUUCGCUGAGCACUGAAAUUGUCCCGUUGGCCCAACUUUGCUCUUGGACUCCUUCAGCUUAAGGGGAUGAGUGUGGAGGAUAGGCAUGCCCCAGCACACUUCCUUCAGAUAGGACCUUGUGGAGGACUUGGGAGUGUAAACGUGUUUCUGGGGUGUAGCCUGGUGAUGCUCCAUGCUGCUGUCUUAGAUCAAAGGUGGACCAUUUGAUUUGAGGGAUAAUGGGAAGAAUAUGAGCUUUCUCGUUAUGGUCACUCUCUAGAGAUCCUCAAGUGCUUGAGGGGCUUCUUUGCUUCAAGAUACAUUAAGAGACUGGAGGGAAGAAAUGGGGUACACGCUCCUUUUCAAAGCACGAAAUGAGCCUGAUGCCCUUUGCUGACAGGACUUCUGCUUUUUUACAUUCCAAGGAGGCGGACUGUGGGAUGCGUACACAGGACCGGAUGUAAAUGUGCUCGAUGGGGAAUCACACGCUUAACUUUUUCUGUUCUUUAUUUUAGUCUGUAUAUAUAUAUAUAUAUAUAUAUAUAUAUAUAUAUAUAUAUAUAUAGUGGAUUACAAGGUAACAAGCAAUUCUUGAAAAUAUCUUACACAUAUAAAAAUAAAAGAUCACUCCCAAGCGGGU